ACAGCGAUGAAUCCUUCAAGACGUCCAGCUGAAGCUGUCCCAUUGCAGACAGGGGGGUAUGAUGGGCCCCCUGGACAGCCUGGAGGACCUACAGUGGUUCAGUACACCACUGUGAAUGUCACCACUGAGCCCCCCAAAGACCACAUCAUCUGGUCCCUCUGCUGCUUUGUCUACUCAAACCCAUUCUGCCUCGGACUGGCGGCUCUCAUCUUUUCUAUCAAGGCCAGAGACCGGAAGGUGGCUGGGGACCUGGAAGGUGCCCGACACUAUGGCUCAACUGCCCGCAUCCUUAACAUUGUGUCAAGCAUCAUAGUUGCCUUCAGUGUUCUUAUUUUCAUUAUUACAAUCACGGUUAUAUCUGUGCAGGUACACAGUUACUCUCGCUACCCCGGCUCACACUACGGCUAAAUUUCAAAUAGUGUGACAGUUUCUGCUGCUGCUGUGGCCUGGUGAUACUUGUGCCUCUCUGCUUCAUACUCAUCACAUAAUUUUUGCUUAUCCUCAAGCAAAACAGAUCUGUAUUUUUAUUUGCUUUAUAAAUGCCUUUAAUGGAAGGCAUCCAUGUUUGUACAACUGCUGUCUCCUAUCAAGUCUGAAUGCCUGACUUUGUUAUUAAAUUACAAUUUUCUGUUUCAAUA